CUAACUAAUGGUAACAAAUGAUACCUUACUGUAAAGUGUUACCAAACAAACAACUAACUAACUAACUAAUGGCAACAAAUGAUACCUUAUUUAAAGUGUUACCAAACAACUAACUAACCAACUAACUAACGAACUAACUAAUGGUAACAAAUGAGACCUUAUUGUAAAGUGUUACCAAACAAACAACUAACUAAUGGCAACAAAUGAUACCUUAUUUAAAGUGUUACCAAACAAACAACUAACUAAUGGUAACAAAUGAGACCUUAUUUAAAGUGUUAUCAAACAAACAACUAACUAAUGGUAACAAAUGAGACCUUAUUGCAAAGUGUUACCAAACAAACAACUAACUAAUGGUAACAAAUGAGACCUUAUUGCAAAGUGUUACCAAACAAACAACUAACUAAUGGUAACAAAUGAUACCUUAUUUAAAGUGUUACCAAACAACUAACUAACCAACUAACUAACGAACUAACUAAUGGUAACAAAUGAGACCUUAUUGUAAAGUGUUACCAAACAAACAACUAACUAAUGGUAACAAAUGAUACCUUAUUUAAAGUGUUACCAAACAACUAACUAACCAACUAACUAAUGAACUAACUAAUGGUAACAAAUGAGACCUUAUUGUAAAGUGUAACCAAACAAAUAACUAACUAAUGGCAACAAAUGAUACCUUAUUGCAAAGUGUUACCAAACAAACAUCUGACUAACUAACUAACUACAGUUUCUAUCUGAACUUUACACACAGUUAUUAACUGACUUCAAAAGACUUGGAAAGACAUGAAGCCUCCUCCUCUUCGCCAUCUCAGCGGGAGCGAACAUGCUGCCGGCCGUCGUGAAGCUCUGCUGUGGAAUCUCAUACCCACAUUUACGGAGCAUGGCAGGUCUGCAGCGUGCAGCUCUUGCAGCGUUCGGGCAGGAGAUUGCACACUUGCAGAGCAGAGGGCAAAUCAGCCAUCCUGCAUGGAGCCCUUUGAGAUGGACUCGCCACAAGCAGUCUGGAAAGACAGACCCAGCAGAGCAGAGGACGGCAGCACUGGCCGAUGAGGAUGUGUUCUAUCUGAAACAAGGAGAAGAAGCCCUAAAUGAAGCUCUAAAGAUUGUGGAGUCCAAGGAUGGAUGGAAACUGGAGAUGGCCGAGACGAAUGGAGACGUAAUCUACAGUAAGGUUCUCAGAGGAAACAGGAAGGUUUUCCGACUGGAGGCCGAGCUGGAUGCAUCUCCGGAAGAACUUCAUGACAUCUUGUUCGUCAGAGUGGAGGAGAUGCAUGAAUGGAACCCCAACAUCAGACGCAUCAGAGUUCUGAAGCAUGUGGGGAGGAACACCAUGGUUACACACGAGGUGUCGGCAGAAACAGCGGGAAACCUGAUUGGCCAGCGGGACUUCCUGAGCAUCAGACAUUCAUCGAAGAGCGAGUCAUGUGUUUAUUUGGGCGGAGCUGCGACGCGGUUAGAGUCCUUUCCUCCUCAGCCGGGGUUUGUCAGGGCUGAAGACGGACCCACCUGCAUCAUCCUGCAGCCGCUUCAGGACCGUCCAGACCGGAGUCACUUCAUCUGGCUUCUCAACAUGGAUGUGAAGGUACAAAACAUGUGGCUGGCUGCCACAGUCACUAGUGAACAAGGCUCUUCCUCGAGCACAAGUGGACUUCACGAAACACCUGCGUCGCCGUCUGGCCACACAAAACCCAGAAAACAGGAGAUGAGAGAAGCUGAAGCUUCUGUCAGGCAUCAACACUGAAGACGGCAGACAACGAAAUAGGAACACAGACAUGCAACAUACACCUCAGAUCAUGCUUUUAUAGUUUGAUUACGACUGCACAGCAGACAAACAGUACGUGGAAGUUAUCGAAGUAGAAAAUCGACUACUUGUGAAAAUGAUUUGACCAUAUAAAGUGACAAUAAAAAUAUUUUUCACUGUAGUAUUGUUUCUGAAAAAGUGGAAGAAGCGGAAAACAGCAGCAUCAUUUUAGGGUGGAGGGUGAAUCAUUUUAGGUGAACUAUUCCUUUAACCUUCACCUGGGAGACUUCCAGACGACCUGUUAUCAGACAGCACUCGCACAUCUUUGACAGCAUGCAGAUGGACGAUAAUCUCACAUCAAUUUGACGGACCCAGCGUGAAUUCACUGUGGAUUUGACACUUGAACAAAUGACAUGUUGGAGAGGCGAGUGGCGUCUCAUAAAGAGAGAAUCUCAUGAGUGAACGUUUAUCUAUAAUAGGCUCUGAAAAUCAGCAGAAUGGCCUUUAGAGCAGCAGAAUGACUCGACAUCAGCAGAGGACAAUGACUCUAUUCACCACACUGAAAAGACUUUAGAUAUGCCUCAAAUCCACAAUACAAUGAUGCCUGAACUUAUCAAACACUCCUAGCACUUUAUUUUUUAGUGCAACUAAAAGCAAUAGUUUGCAAGAUAGUCAUCAUUUAGUCUCCUGUCAUCAAACUCUCUUACAACAUGUUGAGAAAAAAAAAAUCUUCAUGCAAUCUGUCAAAUAUGCAGCGCUUUUAGGGACACUAUUUAAUAACAUUUUAAAAUGGCUUUAUUUUUAACAAUCACAUUCUCUAAUAAAUAUGUGUGACUAUCUCACAUCGCAUUAAAGUUUUAAAGGGGACCUAUAAUGCCUCUUUCA